AUGCUUGCUCUUCGUCGUGCUGCUAUUAAGGCUGCCCCUAUUGCUGCCCGUGCCUCUGUCAGACCCUUCUCUGUCUUGGGUGCUCGUUUCUCUGGUGCUGUUGGUCACAAUGUCGAAUCUAACUUGGGUCCCGGUGCUAAGGCUGGUGAAGUCCCUACCGAUCUUGAGCAAGCCACUGGUUUGGAACGUGAAGAAUUACUUGCCAAGAUGCAAGGUAAGGAGCUCUUUGACAUGGAGCCCUUGAACAUGACCCACAUUGGUACUCCCAAGAACCCCAUUGUUGUCAAGUCUCAUGAUCCCAUUCGUUUCAUUGGUUGUACUGGUUUCCCUGCUGAAUCUCACGAUGUUAUCUGGAUCAACUUGGACAAGUCUCACGAACACGACCGUUGUCCUGAAUGUGGUUCCGUCUUUGAAAUGGAUUUCGUUGGUACUGAAGAUCACCACCAUUAA